AUGGGAGCUUUGAGGAAGAUCAAAACAAAGCGCAGAACAAGGGACUACGAUCAGGUCCGAGCGGACAUUGAUUCUCCCAGGCACCUUACGCAGUAUAAAGCCACCAAGGACGCGGAGGAUCUUCCAGGUCUGGGAAAGCACUAUUGCGUUGAAUGUUCGAAAUGGUUUGAGAGCGAAUACAACCUGGUCGCCCAUACCAAGGGCAAAAACCACAAAAGAAGGUCGGUAAUCGUAAACGGCGCGAACGCCUUCUUGGACCGAUCACAACUGACUGAGGGAUGCUUGGACAGAUUGCGGAUGCUGCGUGAGGAGCCUCAUUCACAGAAAAUCGCAGAGGCUGCUGUCGGUCUGGGUACCGACAGUGGGUUGCGACAGCAGGAAACGGUCGUUGAUAUGGAGGACUAG